CAGGCGGGACGUCACGUUCGUCGGGAGGCCUCGUCUCCCCAACGCCCCACAUCCUCAGCAUGACACCCACUUCGACACCCAUAAAAUCCCACUCAAACUCAACGUUUAAUCCUAAAUCCCAUUCAUCUUUCCCACCUAAAUCCCACUCUAACUCCACACACCCCCUCAAGUCCCCCUCUAGCUCCACUCUAGCCCACAAGUCCCCCUCCAGCUCCACUCUCCCCCACAAAUCCCCCUCCAGCCAGCCGUACACCCCCAAGGCGCUGCUCCAACGCUACAGCCUCCCCUUGGCCGUACGUCUACACGCACCCACCCCCACCCCCUCUGGGGUUGACCCCCGCCGCCCCCUCCUGCUCUACCGCACCUCCCACACCCCCAAGGUACGGGCGGAGUCGCUGCGGGUGGCCACCGAUGGCACAUACAUGAGCGUGGGGCAGCCGCUGGUCGUGCCUGAGUCCUACACGGGCUGGUUCAGUGUGGUGCAGGCCAGCGGAGGCAGCGCCACGGCCUACACCAGCAUCGCUGAGGUCAUCAGCACGCGGCCUGCAGCCUUCCUCACCCGCUACGACCUGCCAGCCUACAUCGCCACUAGAGAAGGUACUGCUAAGUACCACCAAGGCACCGUGCAGGGAGGGGAGGUACUGCAGCUGGUAGCUGUGGUCUCCUACCAGCGCGAGCAGUUCGCGCAGUGUCUCAACUACCAGCACCAGAUGGCGCUGGUGUCAGUGAACGCAGUGGGUAAAUUUUACCACACUGCUGACAAGAACACUCGUGACACGGAUAAAGUUUACCUUUUGACCCACCUUCUGCGAGCUUUCCAGUUACCCCUGACGGUAAAACUGGUGUGUGGGUAUAUGCCACGCACUCCAUGUGCCUUUACCGGCAUCCUACGGCUGCUGCGGUGUCAGAAGGAGUCUGUGGUGGUAGCCUGCACGAUGACGUCACAGGCAGAGGCAACCCUCAUGGAAAUGGACUUGUCCUCGAGCUUCCUGCUCUCCCCAAUCCUCGACCCCCUCUUCCCCAAGUCCCCGAUUUACCUCAAGACUUUAUCCUACUGCGAGGACGAAGCUACGGACUGGCAACGACAAAUUAAAGUCACCCACCAUGUCACGGAUCAACGAUCGCGUUCGUUAACACGUUCGUUCAGCGACAAAUUCGUGGACGUUCCGGCAUGCAGAUCCAUGUCGGCAUUUUCCACCCUGGACCGCGUCAAGCCACGUAGGUCCAUGUUCACCCAGAGCGUCACCGACACCAGCAUUGGUAGACUGGCAAGCAAAAUAAACAAGAUGAAAGAAUCCAGGAAGCGAGAAAGUAUCUCAGAGAAAUACAGGGAUAACAAUGGACUGGGCCAUUCGUUCGAGCAGAUCGUGUGCCCGAACACCAAACUUUUCGAGAAGCAAAGAUCUUUGUCGAAACAGAACACGUUCGUCCAGGAAAUUAAUAGGAAAAAUAGGCCUCUUCCAGAUACGAGCACAAAAACAACAACAACCAUUAUCAAUUUGAAACACAGUUUGAAUUCUCUGAGGAGAGGAAAGAAAAUCGGGAGUCGACCUCUUCCAACACCAUGUGAACUUCUGGUGACUCCGCCUGAUGACUCUCAACCAAGUCUAACAACUUACAAGUUUAUUAAAACCUCGAAAGACGGAAUUGAAUACUGCAGAGUUUCUGAUAAUUCCAGUCCGGCUCCUACCAGUCUAGGUCUUGAAGACUCAGACAUGGACGACGAUGGUCUUGACGAAGACACAGAGAACCUUUACUCUGAAAUAGAGGAUUUGAUGAGCAACAAAAUGGAUCUGGAUUUCAGCGACGAAGAAAGAGAUUCUGCUUCCUCUUCCAAUGGCAACAGCAGCAACGGAUACUCCAGUGAAACUAAAAUGACACGAAAAAAUAGAAUGUUUUUAAAUUUUAAGGGAACUGUUUCUCAGGAUGUUGCUAUCAAAGCCGAGGUUCAUUCUCGUAACCGUUUUGAUUCUCCCAAAUCUGUUGCUGAAUCUGAGGACGAUCACUACGCAACUAUCACACUGAACGAAGAUGACGACGAUAGUGAACAAGAUAUCGAUAAAAAUCGUGAUUCUUAUAUCCAAAAUAUGAAUAAAGCUAAUGCAUUUGACGACUUCCAAAAGCAGGAAUUGAAAGAAGCCGGCGCUGAAGAUUCGGUGUCGAUAAAAGGAGAUUGGUCCGAUAGCUUGGAGAAUGUCUCGGCUUUACCAAAUGAGAGCAAAAUACAAACUUUCGUUGACCAAAAAGGAGCAGUACGAGAGAAAUAUUUCACGAGGCAAAGAUCAAUCAACAUCUAUGAAACUCUCGAAGAGGCAGUGGAAAAUUCGAAGCACAAUUCAUCGACAAACGACAGCAAUCAGGACUCUGAUGAUGAAUUGAUCGGAGACUCAUCUUCACCCAGAGAAAGACCGCUGAAUGAAGAUUUGAAAAAAGUAAUAUUUCAUGAUAUCGAAGAUAGCGCCAUUCUAACGUCAAAUGAGCCCAUUGAUGACUCAAUCGCCGAUGAAGAAGCCGAAACAGAUUUGUCCCCAUCCCUGAACACAACCAUCACAAUGGUUGAAGAUGAGAGUCGUCCAGGAAGAACUAGCAUUUCCAUCACCGAAGCGCCGUUCGAACCUUCAGGAAACUCAACUCGCACAUUUCGCCCCGUUGCUAAACCGAGUCUUGGUUUAACCUCUGCGUGCAGCAUCGCUGAUUUGUGUAAUGCAGAUGAAGAAGAAGAUUACGAAAUUCAGAUGCGAGGAAACACGAUUCUAAUCAAAGUAUGUGACGAUUCCAGCGUCAGUCGAGAUACCUCAUUCGAUACCGAGAUGGAAAAAUCUAAUGACGACAUGAAACCUAAUUUGAAGAAGUGUUCUUCAGUUUCUAGCAUAAAUAUAUUGUUAGACGAUAAUGAAGAUUUUUGUACUCAUAGUGAACAUGUAAGAUCCGAGGAGACUUGUAACGAAAUUUCGUAUUUAAACGAGUCUUGCGUAUCCAUCUCUAUCAUUAACAGGCCAGAAAAUUUGACAAUCGCCAAGUUAAGCAGUGAUAUCGUGGAAGAAAUGUACGGAAAAGCUGAGGAGCCUUACAAGUCCAUAGGAACAUUGCUACCAAAUAACGAACUUCGCAUUAAUACCGAAGAAAAUCAUUUCGCCAACACGCCCACUUCUGAAAUGGACCAAAAGUCUUUAGAUUCAGGUAACGCUUCCGAUGAAGUGGAAGAUCAAGAAGACUCUUUUGAUGCAGAUUCUCUAGCAGACGAAGAAUGUGAAUCUCCACGCAUUGUUAAAAAGUACGAGGGUCUUUCGCAAGACUCUCGUGAAGAGAUUCACGAAGAGCUGAAUUCAGAUAAUGAAGAUACAUACGAUGAUACCAAUCCAGAUAAUGCCACAGAAUCGUAUGAUUUUACCUGUCCACAAGAUAUUGAAGAUGACAAGGAAGAUGGCGAGGAAAAGAUAUUUUCACUGACUACCCUGACCAGCAAGUACGAGAUUUCAAUAAUGGAACCAAUUUUGGAAGAAGACUCAUAUGACUCUGAAGCUAACGAAUCUUUCCCUAAUUCUCCCAGAAGGCUUGUUUAUCAAAACAUGCCACUCGCCAUAAAUUCAGAUGCAGAAUAUGUAGUUGACAUUAAAAAGUUCAGUGCAGAACUUAAUGUAGACUUGCUGAAGACUUCGGAUGGUUUUGAUUCUAGUCCUCAAUGCUCAAAUGAAAACCAAUACGAAAAUGUGGACCCACCGGCUCAGAAGGCCACAGCUGCAGAUAAAUUAAUGAAAUUUGAGACUUCUUUGACUGGUAAAUGUCGGUCUUCUUUGAAAUCCGUUGAGCCACUAGACCUCGAACAUCCGUUCUUGCUGGCCGAGGCCUUAAGUAAGGACUUUCCACCUACAAACAAUCGCAUGAGUAGAACUCUUCCUAGAAGUUUGCAAACUAAUUCCAGCUUCUGCUAUCUGGAAGAACGGACUGACCUUUCGCUGGCUCCACUUUAUCAAAACGUGACUCAACCCGAAGAACCUUCUUCCUCUGUGUAUGAAAACGUGACCCCGACACCUUCGCUAUGUUCAGCUGCGUUGUAUGCAAACACGCCUUCGCCUAGUGAUGAUAACAGAACUGUUACUUCGUUUUCCUACAUUUCUCUUUCUCCUCGUUCUCCUACAAGUCAAAUUCAAAACAACCAUCUUCCUGGAGUGCCAUUCCUACCAUCGAACCAUCCUUCAAGAGUUUCGGCAGACUUACCAAGAGACAGUUUGAAAUCUUUCUACAAUUCACCUUUCAGUCUCGACGGCCUCAAAAUAGAAGAAGAUGAGCUAUACAAAACGCCGUCGAAUAUGCUUACCGAGCGACCUAACAUACCUAUUACUGACCCCACUCCGCCCACGGGGACCAAAACAGAUGCUUCAUCUAGGAACUUGGAUGGUAGUUCAGAUAGCUACGACCAAAGUGGCUCUAGUUACUCAACUCAUCAUCGAAAAGUGUCAUCCUUAUCUUCGGAUUCUGGAUGUCUUAGCAGUGAUGAAUCAGAAAUUCCAACUAAGGCCCUUCAAACAGAUGAAAGUCCAUAGCCACCAUAAUAAGUCAAAGAGAAUAUAUUAUUAUUUAAGUUAAGGUCUAGCUUGCUCUGGAUUGUUCAUUUAACUGGAGCUUGCCUUUUUCUUCAUCUUGAAUUAUGUUCAGGUUACAGAUCCUUAUUUUCAUAAUAAAUGUUACGAUUAAGACAUAGUAGAAUAACUGAGCAUUCAUAUGGUAAUUUACAUCAUCGUAGACCAAAAAUAUAUUGGUAUUACGUUUCAGCCGUACGAUAAUACCUUGCGAUGGGUACUUUUUUGUAAGCAUGCAAUAGCCGUUUUUACGAUAACACUUUUCGAUAGUUAUUAUUUUAAUGAUACCCUUCGAAAGCCACUCACUCUUUUGAUAAACUUUAAAUGAUUUCGAUUCAGUGGGAAUUCUAGGCUUCGUUCCUUAACUGCCAUUUUAAGACAAAAAUGCGAUUGCUGUAAGAUCGCAAUAAUUUACUAUGCAGAAAAAGUUUCAAUUCCGAAUUUUCACAGUUUUUUCUACAAUUUAAACGUGUUAUCCAAUUUGAGAACCUGCACUUUCUUAACUGCCAUUGAAAGACAAAAAUGCGAUUUCUGCAAGAUCGCAAUGAUUUACCGCAUAAAAAAAGUUUCAAUUCCGAAUUUUCACAGCUUUUUGUACAAUUUAUACGUAUCAGCCUAUUUGAGAACCUGCACUUUUGUCUUCACUAAUUUUUAAAAUAUUACCUCUUUUGAUACAAUGUGAUUCGAUACAUCUAAAAAUUUUGUAUGGAAAUAAUGUCAUCGUGAUGAUACGGUGGAACUGAAGUAUGCUGACAUCACGCAUGCGUGCAGUGACCGCCAUCACGCGUGCGUGCAGUGACCGCCAUCACGCGUGCGUGCAGUGACCACCAUCACGCGUGCGUGCAGCGACCGCCAUCACGCGUGCGUGCAGUGACCGCCAUCACGCAUACGUGCAGUGACCGCCAUCACGCAUGCGUGCAGUGACCGCCAUCACACAUGCGUGCAGUGACCGCCAUCACGCGUGCGUGCAGUGACCGCCAUCACGCGUGCGUGCAGUGACCGCCA